UUCUGAGAUGGUGAGUCAUUUGCAGGCAGGGAAACUCCCAGAAGCUGAAAACAGAGAAAGUGAAAGUCAGCUGUGCCUUCACUGCGAGGCAGCAGCCAUGGCUGGUUCUGGGGGUCCCAUCCAGGAUCUCUGUGCUGAAGCCACCUGUUCCAUCUGCCUGGAUUAUUUCAAGGAUCCGGUGACCACUGCGUGUGGGCACGAUUUCUGCCGAGGCUGCUUGUUCCGGUACUCCGGGGUGGUGGGCCCACAGACUUCCUGCCCUCAGUGCAGAAAUGUAGUCCAGCCAAGGAGUCUCGUCCCUAAUAGGAAACUGGCUAAUUUUGUAGAAAUAACCAAGAAGCUCAGCCUUCAAGAGUGGAAGGCGGGAGUGUGUGAGAAGCACCAGGAGCCCCUGAAGCUCUUCUGCAAGGAGGACCAAACCCCCAUCUGUGUGGUGUGCGACAGGUCGAGGGAGCAUGAAAACCACAAGGUGAUCCCUCUGGAGGAGGCUUCCAGGGAGUUUAAGGAUGUGAGAGGCAUCUUGCAGAGCUGUGAGAAAAUGGAGACACCUGAGAAUUCACCGGCUUUCCCACCAGAGCCAAGGGGCAGGACCUUGGAAUCCUGUGUUGUAAAUCCCGUUCUAGAUGUUAGCAUGGAUCAAUUCAAAGCAAAUGUCAUUCUGGAUCCAGACACAGCCCAUCCCAUUCUCAUCUUGUCCGAGGAUCUUCAAAGUGUGAGAUAUGGAGCCAAACUGCAAGACUUGCCCAGCAAUCCUGAGAGAUUCAGCCAACGUCCUUCUGUGAUGGGAUGUGAGGGAUUCACAGCAGGCAGACAUUUCUGGGAAGUUGUUGGGGCAAGUGAGGAAGGAUGGGCUGUGGGGGUUGCCAGGAAGUCUGUGAGGAGGAAGAACUACUUUCCCUUAAGUCCGGAGGGAGGGAUCUGGGCUGUGGGGAGGUGGGAAGGAGAGUACAGGGCCUGCAACCCUCCUGACUACUCUCUUCUGCCCUUGAGUGGGGAGCCCAGGAAGAUCCGAGUGGCUCUGAACUAUGAAGGGAGAGAGGUGUCUUUUUUCGAGGCUGACUCGGGAACCCAUCUCUACACGUUCUCAGGAGCCUCGUUCUCGGGACAGACACUCUUCCCUUUCUUUUUUCUUCAGAGAAAUGAAACCCACCUCAGGAUCUCCUGAGGAAAACAAAUCUGCCUCAUAGGCCUGGUUGGAGUUGGAGCUGAGAAAUAUCAAUA